AUGGCCCUAGAAACGGUGGUCUAUCAACAAGAUAUGCUUGGAUACAAUAUCAAAGACUUGUGCAACUAUUUUGGCGGUGGCAAUAUUUGGGGCUGUGAUUUUGAUUUUGCAGAGACAUUUGAGAGCAGUUCUUUUGACUUUCGUCAAGAGAAUACAGAUGAAAAGUCUCCACUUUCUCUAACCGUUCCACCAUCCGAGAAUUGGGCUCCAAAUGCAGCAUCCGAGCUGGAAAGUUGUGUUCACAAAAUCCCUGAUGAUCAGAACCUGCAGCUCGAUUCCUCCAGCACCAUGUCAAGUUCUAGACCAAGAAGACGGCGGUCAAGGCCUAAAAAGAACCAGGAAGAGAUUGAAAACCAAAGAAUGGCUCACAUUGCAGUUGAAAGAAAUCGCAGGAAACAAAUGAAUGAGUAUCUUUCCUUGCUCCGCGGCCUAAUGCCUGAGGGCUAUGUUCAAAAGGGUGAUCAAGCAUCAAUAGUUGGCGGGGCGAUUAAUUAUGUUAAAGAGCUUGAGCAACAGUUGCAGUUUCUUGAUGGUCAAAGUCAUAUGAAUCGGAGCUAUGAUUGUGGACCAUCUUCAUUGAUAUCAUCAUCAUCUUCUCCAUUUUCUGAGUUCUUCACCUAUCCACAGUACUCAGCUACUAUGACUAGCUCUGAAAAUGCCUUUACCAUAACAAAUCUGAUGAGCGAUCCCUCUUCAACUCGAGGAAACCGUUUAGCAGCGGCUGAUAUUGAAGUCACAAUGGUUGAAAAUCAUGCCAACCUCAAAGUAAGAUCAAGAAAGAGGCCCAAACUGCUGAUGAAAAUGGUUUCUGGGCUACAAAGCCUCAGACUUACCAUCCUCCAUCUCAAUGUCACAACUGCUGAUCAAAUUGUCCUUUAUUCUAUCAGUCUGAAGGUAGAAGACGACUGCAGAUUGACUACUGUGGAUGAAAUUGCCGCUGCCGUGAACAAGAUGUUAAGAAGAAUCCUGGAAGAGGCUGCCGUCUUUACCGGAUAA